AUGUCGAUCCCCAACGCUGAAAUUCUGCUCGCCUUCAAGGCUGGACGCGCCUUCAGGAGAGAAGGCUCCAGCAUUAUUGAACCAAGCCCUACUAAAGGCGCGAUCUAUCUCACCAACGGCGUUGAGGAUGGUCUCUUGCAUUUCAUUUGGAGGAAUCGGGUCACCAAUGAUAUUGAAGAGGAUCUCAUUCUCUUCCCCUUCGAUGCCUCUUUCGUCAAGGUGUCUCAGUCCCCGUCCGGCCGGGUGUAUGUCCUUAAGUUUUCCUCGUCCAACCAAAGGCAUUUCUUUUGGAUGCAGGAUGCUUCAUCAGCCCGCGACGCAGAAUUCGCGGAGAACGUCAACGGGCUGCUGCAAGAUCCCGAGUAUGACAUGAGGUGGAGCGACCCUUCUGCCUCUGCCGCAGGGCCUCAAGCUUCAACGUCAACAACUGCCCAACCAGCGGAAUCUUCAUCGACAGCCGAAUCAACCUCAGGUUUCCAGGCCACCCCAGAACAACUCGCAACCCUUUCGCAGAUGCUCACGUCUAUGUCAGGAAGACGAGGAGCCCCGUCAGCCACACCAGAUCUCUCUCUCAUCGACAUUUUAACACCGGCUAACCUCACUCCACUAUUCAACAGCCACCCAGAGCUCAUCCCGGCGUUGUUCCCUCACCUGCCUCCAGAUCUUCCUGUGCCUCCCUCUGCCGAAGCCCUGCAAAGGAUUAUCCAUUCUCCCCAAUUCAGAGCUGCCGUUGCAAACUUUGACCAAGCCCUGAGGACGGGUAUGCUCGGUGGAUUGGUUCGAACUUUGGGUCUACCUGAAGAGGCUGGAGCCGGUGUCGGUCCUUUCCUGCGAGCCAUUCAGGAGCAAGCCGAUAGAGAAAGGGAAAACAGCAUGGAUACGGAUUAG